AUGUAUCAAGACAUGGCGAUGCUCGCUGCUCACGCACCAGCGCAGGUUGAGCUGGGCAGCUCUGGAGACAGGCAGGACAGGACAGGCAGGACAGGCUCUAGUGCGACCAGUCUGUCGUUGCCCCCGGUUGACGGAUUUAGAAGGAUGCUGGCACGCCGGGCCAUGCAGCUUAGCGCCGAGCAUUCACCCAUGCUCUCCACACGUCUGCUCCAAGCUCAGGUUCAACGGCGCUGGGCAGCCAGGGGUGUGGGAGGCAGGGAGCUUUGGAGGCUGGACUGGCUGGAGAGCCAGGAACGACUGGCUGGGUCCGCGCAGCGUGAAGAUCAACCUGAUCGAGGGCUCUGGCAGACGAAUAGCGACGGCACGGCGGCGGAGGGGAGGCCGCCAGGGCUUGGAGCAGCCUCGCCGGCCGUCCAAACGGCUCUCAGCCCUCCCACCAACCCUGCCGCAGUGGGUUGCGCUGCUCGCUGGCACGGGGGCACCUGGGCUCGCUCUAUACGGCCCGUCUCAAGGCAAAGGGCAAACAGCGGAGAGCAGAACGCAGAGAGCAAGGAGAGGGCCGUCAGUCAGUCUCUUGCGCUGCAGCGUGACUGUGACGAACCACUGUCCGUGCUGCUCGACGACGCCGGUCUGAGAGGAAGUUCAGCAGGCCUUUCGCGGCGCCAUAAGGCCCGGGAUACAGUUCCUUCGAGCACCAUUUCUCAAAUUCCCUCGUCCAAGGCGUCCAUCGCAAGCCUCUCAGAUCAAGCCACUGUUCUCAUUCGGUGA